AUGAGAAAAGCCACUGCUGCCGAGAUCAUUAAGUUUUUAGAGAAUGAAGUGUUCCAUAUUUUUGGAGUGCCCGAAUAUGUCCACUCGGACAACGGGAAACGAUUUGUCCCGGACAUAUUUAGCCAGUUCCUGGAGAAGUAUGGUACGCAGCAUAUUAGGACCGCAUUCUAUUCACCGCAAGCCAACGCAGCAGAAAGAGUUAACCGUUCGGUGUUGCAAAUCGUGAGGUCGUAUAUUAAGGGCAACCAAAAGAAUUGGGAUAAGGACCUUAGCGAUGCCGCUUUCGCCCUCCGCUGUGCCGUGCAUUCUGUGAUUAACGACACCCCGUAUCAUGCAGUCGUCGGUAUGCCUAUGAUACAGCAUGCUGCAUCAUAUGAGCUAUAUCGAAGACUUUGCGUUAUUAGAGAUGCGGACGGCGAGGUCGAAAUGCUGGCAGAUAAAACGCAGCUUAUCCGAAAUAAGAUAAUGAAGGAAUUAAAGUUAGCUCAUGAACGAAGUAAGAAGACCUACAAUACGAGAAGUCGAGAAGUGAACUUUCAAAUUGGACAAGUGGUGUACCGCCGAAACUUCAAGCAGAGUUCACAAGUCGAAAACUACAACGCUAAACUUGCCCCAAAACAGGUUAAGUGCGUUGUAUUGAAAAUAAUCGGAAAUUCCAUGUACGAACUUGGUGACUAG